AUGGAGAUCAAAAGUAAGUUAUCAGUUGCGGUCCUAGUUUUGUCCAUGUUUGUAUUCAUAAUUCUGAGCAAUGUUGGAUGUGAGGGCAGAGAACUGAACUCCACCUUUCUAAUUAAGAGCCGCGUUACAAACAGAAACUCUUGGUGUGGUAGUGAUGAGGGAAGCUGUUCAAAGUAUGCUCGUGCUCAUGGGUAUACAAACGGCAACUGGGAAUGCUGCUCAAAAAAGUACUGUGUUGAUGUUACUUCUGAUUCAUUAAACUGUGGGAAAUGUGGGCAUGCAUGCGGUUAUGGGUUAAGCUGCUGUAAAGGAAAGUGCGUUGAUCUCAACACUGACAAAUCUCACUGCGGAAGUUGCUCCAACCGUUGUCAUCAACAGAAGUGCGCGUUUGGUAUUUGUGGAUAUGCACACAGCUAG